CGCGAGGACGUCUGCUGUAGGUCAUCCAGUCUCUAUUUGCCCAAUGCCUCGGCCAGUUUGGAUGGAUUGACGACUGUCUCUGAUGCUAACCUGAUCUAUGGUCUGAUGAUCUGCCUGGAUAUCUUGGCCUUCUCUCCGGGUCCACUGCAAUCGUGAAUCAGCCACCGAAAAAAGUUUUUGCGAAACAAAAAUGUGAGUGGCUACGACUCCCAUGCGCUGAACGCCAUUUUUGGCAUCAAGGCAUCAUCCCAGACGACCUCAAAGCAGCCCGAGGACGAGCCCCCAAGCAGUGACGGCGACAGCGACUCAACCUCGGCCCAGGAGCGCGAGCCGAAAUCACACUCCAAUUUGACCAUCAUCAAGGGGUCAAAUGUGCACGACUACUUUGCCUCGAAGAUGAAAGAAAAACUCAAUGCUUCGAAUGGAUUGGCGUCUCUGAGGACCGCGCGGAUACAGGAAGAUGAUCGCGACAGCGACUGGGAUGACAAGCCGUCCUUUGGUGGGCUUGGAUUUGGAAGCGCCAAGAGUGCUUCCGAGCCUGUCCAGUCAACGGCCACCCCAACGGCCACCCCAACGCUCGCGACGUUCCAGCUUAUGAACGGCACGGGUCUCCGAAGCUUUGUCAAGGCCGGAAAUUUGAAGAUGGACGAACAGACAGAGCCAAGCAAGGAAAUCCCCGCAAACGACCAGUCGCUCGGUAAGCGGAUGAGAGACGAGAGCGACGAAGACGACGAGGAAGAAAAUGACGAAAGCGAUGCUUCUCAGCCUCCCAAGAAGGCCAAGAAGACCAAGAAGACCAAAACGACCACGGGUGACAAGUCCAAAGAAAAGUCCAAGAAGGCUAAAGACAAGUCCAAGAAGAGCAAAGACAAAUCCAAGGAAAGCAAGAAGUCCAGCGACCGUGAGAGGCCCGAGAAGGAGAAACUGAACAAGACCAAGGAGAAGAAACGCGCGAAAGAUGCAAAGAAAAGCAAGUCCGCUUAGGAACGCCAGGGGCACAGCGCCAUUGAAAGAGACGAACCUGGGCUACUCUUGAUUCCACGAACAUCAGAGCUGGCUCGGCGCUUACAAAAUGAAGCGCUCGCAGCACGAAAUGGGACAAUGUCAGCACAGGCUGGAUGAGGUCGAUGUGCAACUGUAUCUAGAGCCUUACGGACAAUACAAUGAAAAUGGAGUAUUCGACCAACGACCGAA